AUGAAACGGAUACAGGCAUUGCUCGCUUUAUCACUCUUGCUGUUCGCAGGAUUGAAUUGCGGAACAGAGAAUCCCGUUGAGGAAACGGUAGGCACUUCCACAGUUGAGAUAUCAACAGGCACGCUGCGUGGAGAGGUGCAAUCUAUUGACGGUGUAUUAAUUCAGGUGCGCUUACUUAGAGAUGGACAACUCUUAACGCAAACUGAGACACAGGCGACCUACGAACUCGCAUCAAUUGAAGCUGGAAACUACACACUUCAAAUAUCAGCGAAGGGCUAUGAAACCAAGGAGGUGAAUGUCACUGUCACCCCUGGGCAAGUUGUUUCGCUGGAUAAGGUGGCACUUGUGGCAUUGGCGACUCCUGUCUCGCAUCUCCGCGGUGUUUUAAGGGAUAAAGCGACGGGUGAACCGAUCGGUGAAGUCAACCUCCAGCUUACUGAUAAAGCAGGAAAAGUUUACGAAACGUUAACAACAGGGGCAGGUGUUUUCACCUUUGAAAACCUCCCUGUGGAGCAAGCUUUAACCUUGACAAUUGCUCACGCGGGUUACGAAGAGACCGAAGUUGCUGUACAUCCGAUACCCGCGGCGGAGACAUUGGAGUUACGGGUUCAACUCACUCGGCUACCAGAACAGGAGAAGUUGGAUCCGGGUCAAGGCUUGAGUCUCGGGAGCCAGGCACCCGCCUUUGAAUUACCGGAUGGCAACGGCAAGUUGAAAGCACUCGCUGAUUAUGUCGGCAACAAGAAUGUAGUGAUUACAUUUUACCGUGGCGGUUGGUGA